CUGGUUGAAACCAUAGAAACGAGAAGGAAGUUUAGUGGUAUCUCAAACCAUGCUCGGGUAAUAUCAUUUUAGAAAGACCAUUAACAUUUUGCUGUUUUCAUUGUGUGAAACCCGAAACCCAGCAUACUGCUGUUCACAUAUAAAACUUACUCUUUUUAAACUAGUUUUUUUGUGGCACCGCUUGGUACUGACAAGAGCUCCCCCCGUCAAAGUUAGCUGAAUAGCUAAUACUGGGCUCCCUCUGAGUGGAAAUGUUCAAAGCAAAAAUACUCUUUAUUGGUCCCAGUGAGAGUGGGAAAACAAUUCUUGCAAAUUUCCUCUCGGACACAACAGAAAAUGUGGGGGGUGAAUACAGACCCACUCAAGGAGUCAGGAUACUGGAAUUUGAAUCACAACCUGAAGGCAGUGGUGACAACAAAACAUGCGAGGUUGAACUUUGGGACUGUUCAGGGGAUUUUAAAUUUGAAUCAUGCUGGCCUGCACUCAUGAAGGACUCCAGCGGUGUGGUGAUCAUUUUUAAUCCAGAUGUUCCAAGCCACCUCAAAGAAAUAGAGACCUGGCAUUUGAUGUUCAUCUCCUCCCAAGGUUUGCAGGACAAUCAGUGUCUGCUCAUAGCUCACCACAAGCCUGGCAGUGUUGUAGAAGAUGGACAGCUGCCUUUAGGCUCACAUCUGAGCAGACUGCCGCUUAUUCACUCAAACCUGGAGGAGGAACCCGAGGAUGUGAGGCAAGCUUUCUGCAGAUACUUGGGAAAUGUCAUCAAUACAAUGUCAGAGAAUCGAGAGCAAGAGGAGAUGUCUAUCAUCACAUAGCAGCAAAAUGUAUCAAAUAUGCAGCUUAAUGACGAAAUAUUUUGUUGGCAUCCAGUUUCUGUUUAAUGAACACUACUCAUUUUUAAAAGACUAAUUAUACAUCUUUGUCAUUCAGGUGUGCAUGUUUUCCAAAACCCCUUGCAAAGUUUAGUAUUUUCCCAUAAUGAGGUCUUUUUGUUCUGUUUGUUUAUUACAAUUUUUCUUAGUCUUUUCUAAAAGAAAA